GUGAUAUUGGCCUGAUCAGUUGAGCGAUCAGUCGACGACGAAGGCUUGCAGUGAACGCGACGUGAAGUGCUGAACUCUCCAAACUCUACGAACUCCAAACACUUCUUCUUUGGAGCCACCUCGAUCGCGCGUCCCCAAAACGCUGAGAACCCGAUUCGUAUUCCCCGAUCGUCGCCAGUGGCAAUUAGAUAGUGCUCCGCGCUCCCACCAAUCCAACCCAUUCGAAGCAAAGAUGGCCAAAAUCGUACUCUUCUGCCUGCUGAGCCUCUUGGCAUGCGCUGCAGGUCAACGCAUUACGACAAUCCACCUGGAUGGAGUGCAGUACUUCAUCAGCCGAAUGAAUCCCUACUCCCCGGAGCUCAACUACUUCCUGGCCUACCAGUACUGUCGCUCCCUGGGCCUGCAACUGGCCUCCUUUGAGACGAAGGAGAAGGCCGAGUCGAUGACCACGUAUCUGAAGAAUGCCGGUUACGGCAACUACGAUUUCUGGACCUCCGGCAAUCGCCUGGGCACGGGCAUGUUCCUAUGGAUGAGCACUGGUCUGCCGUUUAACGCCACUUUUGAUUUCUUCGAAAACUCGGCGGACGCCAUCCAGGCCGGUCUGCUCGAUCCCGUCGAUCAUAAUAGCAACACCUCACCCCAGCGCACCGCUCGCGACAGCAGCAGUGGCGCCGAGAAGGGAUGCGUGAUCCUGAAGCAGCCCACGCUCAAGUGGAUGCCCGAGGACUGCUCGGCCGUGAAGGACUUCAUUUGUGAGCAGACCCGCUGCUACUACUACAACUACGGCAGCAUCCCCGUCUCGUCGGCGCAGGGGUAAGGACACUUGACCGCGGAGCCACUCCACAUAACUCCACCACUCUACACAACCACACGCAAAUCGAACAGAUAUUAAGAGCACUGAUUGGAGGAGGAACUAAGAAUAAUGAUAAUAAUGCAAUAAACAAAUUAUGCUAUAAUUAACGUUAAUUAAUUCGCUAUACGAGCUGCCCGCCGGUGGCGCUUAAACAAAUGUCCCUAAUUAAGUAAAGACAAACGAAAACAUAUUUAUACCAGAUAAAUGUUGAUACUAAAAACCCAACCCAGAUCAAGAGAUUACGCAAGGAUAACGUGAUUAAAAACAAGUUACUUUAGUUGACCAUAAACGAACACACACACACACUUACACUUAGACACACACACACACAUUGACAAAGUGCGAAUCCGAUUUCGAUUCCCAAAACAGAAUUUGCAAAAAGAACGAACAAAUAGACGUCCCAUCACCUCCACCACCCCAAGGACUCCUGCCUCCCUGAUGAACCUGCAUGUGGCCGCCACCACCACACCCUUGCCCCUGCUGAUGUCCACCAGUGGAGCAAUGUACACCGCUGCCAAGGCCAAAUCUUCGCCAGCCGUUGGCCACCGACUGAUCGAUGAUUCCAGCUCCCAGCAGCAACCCUCGUUUAUGUCCUUUAAGCUGAACCAUGAUCGCUCGCUGCCCGAUACGGAUUCCACUGACGUGGAUGUGGAGGAUCAGGAAGCGGAUUUGGAUGGCGAGGAGCACGAUGACCAUGAGGCCGAGGGCGAAGAGGAGCAUGACGAGCACGACAACUUCGAGGAGCAUGCCCGUGAGCUGAGCAACGACAACGAUGGCGAUAUCAAGGAGCACGUAUUCCCACUGAGCGACAACGAACUCCACCCCGAGGUGCAUUCGAUCGAAGAGGUACAGCAGCAGUUGCAGCAGGAGGAUGCGGAUGCGGACUCGGCACCAGCUCCCGCGGCGGCUGAGGAUAACGAGAGCUCGCAACACGAUGCGGAGGCGGAUGGAGAGCACGAGCAGGAUGGAGCUGAGGGCGAGACUGACUUGGAAAAUGAGACGCCGGUGGAUCUUAUCAAGGCCAACGAACCAUUGGCGAUGCCCAGCUCCACUGAAUCCCCAGCCGCCGCCAUCGAGGAGCGCAUCAAGCAGAUCGCCCAGGACUUCCAGAAAAUGGCCAGCUCCCAGGAGCUGCAGCCCAAGGAGGAGCUGACCCCCCAAUCCUCCCUGUCACUCAACGAUCUGAUACGCACCCUGCGGCCCAACGAACAGCAGAUCAUUCCGCAGAUCGAUUCGGACUACUCCAAUGCCAUGCGUGUCCUCGGCAAGCCAAUGGCGGCCAAUAACUAGGCAUCUCCUUUCCCACGAAUGCCACUAGCCUAAGUUGUGUGUGUGUUUGGGUCGAGGUGUUAUCCAGCCGGGCAUCCGGGUUCCACUGAGGAAUGGCCAUUUUCGAGAGCCGGCCGGACAUGUCCGAAAAUGACGCUUCUCUCUGAGGACCUCGAUGCCAAUGGAUGACCGCGCUGAAAUGCAGCGAGAGAUUAAAGGAGCUAAGACAUUAAUCUAUAUAUAAAUAUAUAUGUAUUGUAUGCUUUAAUUGUAUGACAACCACCACAAAAAAAAGGAAACUCUUGAUUAAUAAACGUAAUAAGUAAAU